AUGGGAAUGGCUCCUCUUUUGCAGGCUCAUCACGCCAUGGAGCGGGUGGAGGAGUUCGUCUGUAAGGUGUGGGAAGGUCGAUGGCGAGUCAUUCCUCACGACGUGCUCCCGGAUUGGCUGAAGGACAAUGAUUAUUUGCUGCAUGGUCACCGCCCCCCCAUGCCUUCCUUUAGGGCGUGCUUCAAGAGCAUCUUCAGGAUACACACAGAGACUGGCAACAUCUGGACCCAUCUUCUUGGCUGUGUCUUUUUCCUAUGUCUGGGUAUUUUCUAUAUGUUUCGGCCCAACAUGGCGUUCAUCGCUCCAGUACAGGAAAAGGUGGUGAUUGGGCUCUUCUUCCUGGGUGCCAUCCUUUGCCUUUCAUUCUCCUGGCUUUUUCAUACUGUGUAUUGCCAUUCAGAGGGAGUGUCACGUGUCUUCUCCAAGUUGGAUUACUCUGGAAUUGCACUUCUCAUCAUGGGCAGCUUUGUUCCGUGGCUUUACUACUCGUUUUACUGCAACCCACAGCCAUGUUAUAUCUACCUAAUAAUCAUCUGCGUCUUGGGGAUCGCCGCCAUCAUCGUAUCACAGUGGGACCUCUUUGCAACACCUGAGUAUCGUGGAGUAAGGGCUGGUGUGUUUGUGGGUCUGGGCCUCAGCGGGAUCAUCCCCACAUUGCACUUUGUCAUUGCUGAGGGGUUCCUGAAAGCCGCCACCAUGGGCCAGAUUGGCUGGUUGAUUCUCAUGGCGUGUCUGUACAUCACAGGAGCUGCACUGUAUGCUGCCCGCAUUCCCGAACGAUUCUUCCCUGGAAAGUGUGACAUCUGGUUUCACUCCCACCAGCUGUUCCAUGUGUUCGUCGUGGCCGGAGCUUUCGUCCACUUCCACGGAGUUUCCAACCUCCAGGAAUUCCGCUUCACAGUGGGUGGCGGCUGCGCAGCCCAGGAGGUGCUGUAA